AUGGCUGCGCCCCGGCAUCGGCAUGUGUGUAAACACAUUUAACCAGUAAAUCGUAGUUUUAGUAGAUCUUGAAAUCGUGGUGUACAUUUUUGAAAAUCUAUAUCAGAGAAAGCAACAAGUAAAAUGAAGAUCAAAUCCAAGUCCAAGUAUCAUAAAUCUGAGAACACUUUCAGGUUUCUCACGUUCGCUGAAAGGCUUGCCAAUGUCAAUAUUGAUGUCAUCCAUCGUAUUGACAGAAUUGGGAGUUAUGAAGAGGAGGUAGAUACCUACUUUUCAGAAGGACUGACAAAAUGGAGGGACCUGAAUUUGACGGAACAUUUUACCAACUUCUUGAAGGAGGUUACUAACAAGAGCCAGUCCUUUAACCUGCUGGUGUUCCAUCAGAACUCGAUAGUACAGAGCUUGAAGAAUCACCUCAGUAUUAAGAACAGCCUGGCCUGUGAGCCACUCCUUGACCUGGUUGUCCAGCUGGCUCGGGACCUCCAGAUGGAUUUUUAUCCCCACUUCCCAGACUUCUUUGUCCUGAUCACCAGUAUCUUGGAGACCCGGGAUACGGAGGUACUGGAGUGGGCAUUCACUUGCCUCUCCUAUCUCUAUAAGUAUCUCUGGAGACUGAUGGUCAAAGACAUGCCCAAGAUGUACAGCUUGUACAGCACACUGUUAGCUCACAAAAAGGAGCACAUACGAAAGUUCGCCGCCGAGAGUUUUUCAUUUCUGAUGAGAAAGGUUCCAGACCUCAACGCUCUCCUAAACCACAUGUUUCUAGACCUGGAGGUGCAUCCUGCAAAGGCUGAGGGGGUGGGCCAGCUGCUGUUUGAGAUGUGUAAAGGGGUCCGCCAUAUGUUCCACUCGUGCGCCGGCAAGGCCCUCUCCAUAGCCCUUAGGAAGCUUGGUCCAAGCGCUAACCAGGAGGUCUCUCUACCUUGGGAUGCUGUCAGAGAUGCGCUGGAUCAAUUGGCCCAGGUGGCAGCCAGUCACGUGGAGAAAGAACACAUCCUGGUUCUGUGGGAGUCUCUGCAGACAUGUGUAACGGAGGUCCUCCAAAAAUUGAACAGGGAAGAUGUUGAUGAGGAAAAGGGUCAGAUCACAGAACACUUGGAGCGGCUGCUCUUCAUCCUCCACACCCUGGUUGGACACAGAGGAGGUGCCAAGAUCACCAAGCCAGAUUCUGUCUGCCUGACGGUUCACAAGUUGCUUCAGACCCCAGACUGCCCAGUGUCCAGCUGUAGACUAGUACUCCAGAUCAUCUCCUCACUACUUCUGGGGGAGAAUGUCUCCCUACCAAACGCACUCAUACAGGACACCGUCAAAGGGGUGUUCCGCAGUGGGAUGGACUCAGACCUGAUCCUAGAGUUCACUAAGGAGAUGUUCACCAUGAAACAAUUUGAACAGUUCUUCCUGCCCAGCCUUCUAGAAUACCUAAAGGGGAUGCUCUCCAGUAGUGACUGUGUGUCCCGCAACUCUGCCCUCGAGGGGCUUGUCACGCUGAUCCUGGCCAAAGCCCCACCCCCUACGGACGGCUCCAUGGCCUUUGAGACCUACCCCCUUGUCUUUGCCGGACAGACCCCCGUUAAGGAGCCGGCAGACGGGAAGGAGGUGUCUGUGCCGGAGUUGAUCCUCUCUCUGGUCAGCCUACACCAGGACCAGAACCAGACCAUCAGUGAUCUCUCCUUGCCCUGGUCGGCUUUAGUCCUCCUGCCUCACCUCAGGCCAUUGGAUCCAGGGAGCGUCAUUCCAAGUCUUACAGCCCUCCUGAAUCGCCUGUUGUUGGAUGUGGAGAGUGAAGCCCUGGGCAAAGCCGGUCUGUUUGUGGCCCAGCAGGCGCUCAGCACUCUUCUCAGUCUGGAUGGAUCUGCUCAGGUUCUGUCUCCGGUGCCAGUGGAGCGGGUCAAGAGCAUCAUCCAGAAGUUUCCGAGCAACACGUCAGCCCUGUUGCUUGGAGAUCUCUACUAUACACGGCUGUCGGUCAACGGUUGCUCUGAACACCUUUCCCACAAUGCACUGCUGGAGCUGCACCCAAUGCUGCAUGUCAACCUCUCCUCCAACAGCUCGAAGAUCCGCCUGCUGACCCUGAGGAUCUUCAACCACUUUGAGGCAGAGCUCAAACCCUCAGAGGGUGAGGACAGUGCUGAGAUGCAGCCUGUGUUUGCAGUUUGUUGUCAUGCGGAGUUGGUCCCUGCCUCAUUGCACAACUACAGAGAGAAGCUGUUGCACCUCCGGAAGCUCCGACACGACCUAGUACAGAAAUCUCUACCCCUGGGGGCACCAGGGACAUUUGAACAGGUUCCUCUGCGCUACCUUAUUGCUAUGCUGUUCAUCAACUUUAAACCUCUGUGGGACCCAGUUAUUGAACUUAUAGUGACCCAUGCAAAAGGAAUGGACAACAAGGUCUUCUGGAAGGUCUACCAUGAGCAGUUGGAGUUAGUGGCAGGACUUGCUGAAAAAGAGCUGCGUGAAUGUGAUGAUGAAGAUGGAGACAGUGAAGACAGUGGCUCCGAGACGCUGCAGGAGCCGGGCUGCGAUGUCAUCGAGAGCGGGGUUGUGGGGGUGCUUUUUUUGCACCAGCUGACGUUAACCUCUGACCCCAGUGAGAGGACUGACUUCACUAACUUCCGGGGCCUGCUGUGGAGGGCCAUGGCUUUGUUCCCGGACCGAGUCGAACCACGGAGUAGAGAGCUCAGUCCACUGCUGCUUCGAUUCAUUAGGAACGAGUUCUACCCAGCUGACUUGCUGGUUGCUCCUACUCAGGAUUUAAAUAUGAGGAGCAGUCCUGCUGCUAUGGAGGCUAGCACAACUGGAGAGGAGGAGCAGGACACUGAGGAAAAUGAGGAAGAGGAAGAGGAAGCCAGACCAGAGAAAAAGAUGCCGCCCAAAAGAGCAGCAGCCAAGCAACUCAUUGCCCACCUGAAGGUUUUUGCCAAGUUCACCAACCCUCGCUACCUGUACUUGGAGCCAGAACUCAGUAAGCUGUACACUCAGUUGGUGUGCCACCAGGACCAGCAUAUCCAGAGGGCCUCUUUGGAAUGUGUUCUGACCUACAAAGACCCAAACAUCGUACCGUACAAGGAGCAUCUGGAGAGGCUGCUGGAUGACAAACACUUCAAGGAUGAGAUCGUUCUCUUCAACAUCUCGGAGGAGAAAGCGGUUGUGGACUCGUCACACAGGGCUCAGCUGAUCCCACUCCUCAUGAGGAUUCUGUUUGGACGGAUGCGCAGCAAGACUGGCAGCAAGUUCCAGGGCAAGGCUGGCGCUGUGCAGCGGUCCUCAAUCGUGCUGAGGUUCCUGGCAGGAUGCCAGUCCCAGGAGCUGGGCAUGUUUAUAGACUUGCUUCUGGAGCCCGUCUGCCAUCACGGACAAGGACCUUGUCUGGCAGCCGUAGAGAAGGCAAUCGCGGAGACUGACUCGUCCGCCGUCCUCCCUCUGGGCCGACAGCACAGCCUCCUAAAUAUAGUCAACACGGUGAUCAGUAAAUUGGGCCACCUCAUCCAGACGCAGCUGCCAAAGUUGCUGCAGAUUCUCCUGUGCGUCACCGCCUCCGUCUCCACCAUCCUCAACCAGCGGGAACAGUUGAAGGCAGGCUGUAUAGAGCCUCUGAAGAACCUGAGACGCCUGGGAGUCCUGAGGAUCCAGGAGUUCUUUGAUGGCUUUAACUCGUACGCGUUCACCGCAGAUGAACUGGACGCCGUGUUCCAGGCCAUUGUCUGGCCCCAGGUCUGUCGUCUGCCCACAGAGAGCCCAUAUUCUCCCACCCCCCUCCUCAAACUCAUCCACGUCUGGAGCAAGAAUGCCAGGUACUUCCCCCUUCUGGCCAAGCAGAGGGCCGGACACCCGGAAUGCGACGUCCUCCUCAACGUGUUCAGCCUGCUUUCUGCCAAGAAUGUUUCCCCACAGACCGUCGCCAUGGUGAUGGACAUUGCAGAGUCUCUGGUGACCACAAAGGACUUCCUGGUUACUGAGGAAGAUGGGGCAGAGCUGAGUGUCAAUGAUAGCGUAUUCCCCCAGCUGCCAGAGGGGGUCCACAUUUCUCAAGAGGGUAUAACCCAGGGUGCCAGACUCCUUCUGCCACACAUCUCCACCUUGCUGGAGUACCUUGGUGGCAUCGUCCGCAAGUCAGACAGGCUCAAGAAGAAAAAGUUCAGAUCCCAGGUGGCCAAGGAGCUCAACAUUCUUUCAAAAAUCAGCAUGUUCGUGAGCGAUAAGGAGCAGAGCUCACUGCUCAUUGGCCUACUGCUGCCAUAUCUCCAGAAGGCCCGCAACGCACAGGAGACGGAGAUCGACGUCCUGUCUACAAUCCAGAACCUGCUGAGACAGUGUUCCAACCCCUCUGCCUUCCUCAAGCCUCUUAGUAAACUGUUCUCCGUCAUUCACAACAAGCUACCCAGGCAGGCCCUCACCUCUGUCUUCCAGAGUCUGGGAGACCUGGAUAGUGGACUGAAGUACAUCACCGACACCGCUGCUAAGCUGAACGCUUUUGACAGUCGUCACCUGGACGAGGUGUACUUUGAUGUGCGCCUUACAGCGUUCCAGGAGGCUCUCCGGAGGAUCGACGCCAUGGAGACCCUGGACAUGAACUACAUCUACAUGAUCAUGCACAACUGCUUUGCCUCCUUCGAGAUUGGAGACAUGUCCCUGGCCGACAACGCCACCAUGUGUCUGUCAGCUGUCCUUUCCCGUCUGGCUGCGGUCGGUCGUGGCGAGGAGUACAAAGAGAUUGUUCAGUACACCAUAAUGGACGCUGUCAGGAAAGGACUGAGGAGCAAGACUGAGAGUGUACAGAUGGAUUAUACCUCCGUGCUGGCGUGUCUGGUCAAGACCUUCCCCACCCGUAAAGAGUUCAAAGAUCUGGUGCAGCUCACAGACUACAAUGACCCUGAGUCUGACUUCUUUGAACACAUGAAGCACAUCCAGAUCCACCGUAGGGGACGUGCCCUGAGGAAGUUAGCCAAGCGGCUGACAGAGGGAACGGUUGUAAUGUCGUCACGUUCUCUUCAGAACUACAUCAUGCCCUACGCCAUGACUGCACUGUUCGACGAGAAGAUGCUCAAGAAUGAUGGUAUGACGUCGGCAUCUGUAGAGGUGAUUGGAGCAGUUUGUAGGAGGCUGACCUGGUCCAAAUACUUGUUCUACCUGAAACACUUUGUCCACGUACUGCAGACUGGACAGGCCGAACAGAAACUGGCUGUCAGUCUAUUGGUGACUGUCCUGGAGGCGUUUCACUUUGACCAUGAUACUCUGGAACGAGAGAUGGAAGCAGCUAAAGACAGGGCCAAAGAGGUUGUGAGUACCAUCGUCGACGAAGAGGGUGAGGAGGAAGAGGAGGGGGAAGGCCUGGAAUUGGACAAAAGUGACACGGAGGACGCCAUGGAAACAGAGGCUGCCCACAGCGACACCGGAACAGGCCCCGUCGAAUCAGCUGGGGUUGUUAGCCUGAAAACAAACACUGUCAAGACAGUGGAGGACAUUGCUAUGGAUACGCAUGCCACUGAAAUUGUGGUUGAGCCCGAAGUUGUUCCUGUGACAAAAAUGAUCCAUCCCACCAAAGCCCCUGCAGCUCAAAGCGGGUUACCCCAGAACAAAGCCGAGCUGGAAGCCCUGAUCGCUUCUGUCCAUGAUACUGUUCAAAAUACUGUCCUGCCUAGGCUACAUAAAUGUCUCACUGCCAAGGUGAAGAGAGACGAGGAGUGCAAGGCAGUGAAAUCUAAGGAUGUGAAGGAAGAGGAAGUGUCCAGAGUUCCUAUAGCUUUCGCCAUGGUCAAACUAAUGCAAUCGCUACCCACAGCCGUCAUGGACUCCAACCUGCCUGGCAUCGUGAUGAAGCUGUGUGUACAUCUGAGGAACCGCUUCCAGGAGAUCAGAGACGUGGCUCGUAACACGCUGAUUAAGAUCAUCGAGACCCUGGGGGUCAAAUACCUGCAGUACCUACUGAAAGAGAUGAAGUCCAUUUUGGUCAAGGGUUACCAGGUCCAUGUGUUGACGUUCACUGUAUACCAGCUCCUAUCCCACCUCGCCCCUACCCUGAAGUCCGGCGACCUAGACCACUGCAUGGGCCUGCUUAUAGAUAUCUUCAACAAUGAGCUAUUCGGUGCUCUAGCUGAGGAGAAGGAGGUGAAGGGGAUUGUUUCUAAGCUAAUGGAGGCUCGCCAUAGUAAGAGUAUGGACUCCUACGAGUUCCUUGGCCAGUACUCUGGCAAGGACCGAGUCAUACAGCUCAUACUGCCAAUGAAAGAUAUCCUUGAGAACACGGCCAAUCUGAAGACUGCUCGGCGAGCUCAUGCCGUGUUGAAGAGAAUAGUGUCAGGUCUCCUGGUGAACCAGGCCAUGGACCACCAGGCCAUUCUACUGCUUAGCCACGGUCUUGUAACGGAGAGCCUGCCCCUUGUCACCAAUAAAAACAGGGAGAAAAAGGUUCAGCCUCCACCAGACCCCCGCCUACCCCCUCCCAGUUGUCUCCUCCUGCUCCCCACCCCGAAGAGAGGGGGGCUGAAAGCUCCCGUCAGCAGCCGCACCAACAUGCACAUUCUAGUGGACACUGGGCUACGGUUACUCCACAUGAGUCUAAAGAAGUCCAAGGUGAACUCCUCCGAGGCCUCGGUUCUGGAGAUGUUGGACCCCUUUGUUGCUCUUCUGUUGGACUGCCUCAACUCCAAGCAUGUCAAGGUGAUAACUGAAGCACUCUUAGCCUUUACCUUCCUGUUGCGCUUCCCCCUGCCCGCUGUCGAGAAGAACGCAGACCAAAUCACUAAGCAGCUGUUCGUCCUGCUUAAAGACUAUUCCAAGGCUGGCGCUGCCCGCGGAGAGAACUUCCAACUUGUCCAGAACUGCUUCAAGUCCAUCACCAUCCUAGUAAAGAACAUGAAGUCAAAGAGGAUCACUGAGACGCAGUUGCAAGUGCUGCUGGGAUAUGCUGAGGAGGACAUCUAUGACCAGUCACGUCAGGCUACGGCCUUUGGGCUGCUAAAGGCCAUCCUGUCCAGGAAGCUGGUUGUGCCAGAGAUGGAGGAGUUGAUGAAGAAAGUGGCCAAGUUGUCUGUUACUGGACAAAAUGGCAUGAUCAGGGUCCAGUGUAGACAGAUUUAUCAGAAGUACAUAUUGGACUAUCCUCUGGGGAAAAAGCUCAGAUCACAUCUGGACUUCAUUGUUGCUCAGCUAAGUUAUGAGCAUGACACAGGAAGAGAAUCUGCUCUGGAAAUGAUGGCCUUCAUCUUCCAGACUUUUCCUCAGAACCUUUUGCUGCAGCAUAGUGGAUUGUUCUUUGUACCUCUGGCCCUGGCAAUGGUGAAUGAUGACUCUGCUCGCUGUAAGAAGAUGGCUGCCCUGGCCAUCAAAGCCCUGCUGAGACAGCUCGACCAAGACCACCAGAACACCUUGUUCACCCUGGUCAACACCUGGCUGUCUGAAGACAAGGUGUCUCUGCGUCGUCUGGGGGCCCAGGUGUGUGGGCUGUUUGUCGAGGUGGAGGGGGUGCAGUUUAGCCGUCAGCUGGAUGCCCUGCUGCCUCUCAUCGAGAGAGAAAUCCACCCUGAUAACUACGAUGACAUUGAGGAAGAGAAGGAUGAAAAGGCUGCAGACAGACUGCUGUUCAGCUACCUCACCCUGAUCACCAAACUGACCAAGGACUGUAGUCUCCUGGAGCUCAGCAAGCCUCAGGACACACUGACCAACAUUCUGCGUCAUAUUGAGUCCCACCUGCGCUACCCUCACUGUUGGGUGUGGCUUACUGCCUCUCAGCUGUUCGGUCAGCUGUUUGCUGCCCACCGGCCAGACCAGCUGGUAGCUCACUGGAGAGAGAGGACCUCCAAGGGGGGAAGUGGCAAAAACGACACACCGGAACCGGUAGCGACCAUGUUCCUGACCACCAACCUGGACAAGAAGAUGAGAGAGCUAGUUCUGUCGUUCUGCCAUCAGCUCCAGUCCAAGUACUUGGACACAUCGACAGGAGAACAGGUGAUCAAGAACCUGCUGUUUGUUGCCAAGGUGAUCUACCUAAUCUCGCCUGAGUCAGAUGUCACACCUGCCCAUGAUGUAAAGGAGGAUGAAGAGAUGGAGAACGGGGGAGAAGAGAAGGCUAAAGAAGAAGUCGGGGAAGAGGAAGGACAGAAAGAGGAGGAGGAAGAGGAUGAGAAGGAGGAAGACGAGAAGGAUGAUCGUCCUCCAUCUUUACUGUGGAUAAUUAAGAAGCUGUCUCUGAUGGCCAAGAGAGAAGCGGCAGACACACCCAAAAUACCCCUCAAGAGAACUUGUGUGUUUAAGUUCCUUGGGGCCAUAGCUGUGGACCUGGGUAAAGACCGCCUAGGACCAUACCUCACCACCAUCAUUGCACCGCUGUACAGAGAACUGGACAGCACUUACGCUGACCAAGACCCUACUCUAAAAAACCUGUCACAGGAGCUGAUUGAGCUGCUGAAGAAGCAGGUGGGGCUUCAGACCUUCUCGCUGGCCUUCUCAGCCGUACAGAAGGACGCCACCCAGAGGAGGGCAGCCCGGAAGAAACACAAGGCCAUGCAGGCGGUGGCUAACCCAGAUGUCGCCGCCAACAAAAAGAUGAAGAAGCACAAGAACAAGAUUGAGGCCAAGAAGAGGAAAAUAGAAUUUUUGCGGCCUGGCUACAAAGCCAAAAGACAGAGGAACUCGCUCAAGGAUUUGGCCAUGGUGAAAUGAUGGACCAAGUGACUAUGAAAAAGCCUAAUUGAGAAGUGGACAGUCGUGAGUCAACCAGUGGAACAGUGAUGAAGAGAUUUCAACUAUCUGGGCCAUUAGCGCCAUUGACUUGGAUAGACAUAAUUUUUCUCAUCAUGGCAUGUACAAGAGGCCAUGUCCAUUUAGAAGUUAAAUUGGUUAUUCAGUAUAAUUACUUGCUGAUACAGUUUGGAGUUUUGCGAGCCCCAUCCAGUUGCAUACAAAAAGUGGCGGAAGCCAUCAGUAGUGAUGCCUAAAAACAUUGCAUCCAAGGAUUGUUUAAAAAAAGAAUUAAGUGCAAAUAUAAUAUUGGUAAUUGACUGAAAUUCGCAAUACUGGGUCCUCGAACCAAAGUAAAAUAAAUACACAAAACAAUUUUUAUAGAUUGCCUCAAACCAAUAUGAAUCCCAAACCAGUGGACAGUGUUAAAAUUGUGUGAGCCCUUAUAGGCAUUAUAGAUGCUAAAACUGGUUAUGUCCAACCGAGGAUCUGUGUACAUGUCUGGCCACAAUCUCUGUAUUUCCCAUCUCAUGGAGGUGAGAGAUCUAAGAUUGUAUGUGUGUAGGGAUUUAUUUGUGCAGUUUAAUGUAAAAACCUACUUUUUAUUAAAACAUUUAAAUUCA